UCCAAGAUGAGGUGGUUCGUCCUUCAGCUAGGUCUUCUAUUAAUUGGCAUUCCACAGGACUUGUGCAUAGACGAAAAUGAAACGUCAGAGGAGAAAAUGAUAUACAGUACUUCCGUGAUGAGCAUGGUGAAACUUUUGGAAAUGGAAGAAUCUCUGAAAGAGAACCUGGAUUUUUACGUUCAAGAAAUGCAGUCAAAGCUAGAUCUGAUUAAACUAUAUCGAGACUCGCUGAAGAGGGAAACGUUGACCACGCUGGAGGAGAAGGAAGAGUACAUGUCCAAUCCCUUAAAUGCGUUUCCCCUGCUCAGACGCCUCAAUCAAGAUUGGCCCAAGUGGCUGAGAUAUAUGAAACUGGCCAUCGCUUCAAAGAAAACCAAAGAAAUGGAAGUGCAGCUAAAGUCUGCGCCGAGUGACGAUGACCUCAAAAUUGCCCUAAAGGGUAUGACGCGCAUUGAGAAAUUUCACAACCAGCACGCAGAGGAUUUGACCAAAGGAUACCUGUUGGGAAAGAAAUUAAACUCCCAUUUGACUGCCCCGGAUUGUGUUGCCCUAGGUAACUAUUACUACAAUCAAACGCACUUCUCCGGAUCCACCCACUGGUAUCGCAUGGCCCUGAGGCUUCACAUGAAUCCUCAAGGAGUGAUGUACGCGAAAGUUUUGGGCCUGAAAAGGAAAAGGAUUUACAAGAAAUACGCCAAGGCCAUGCUGAUGGAAUCGAUAGCAGCGGAUAAGAGCAAGCUCACUUCGACAGAGAAUUCUGAAUGGAACAGAUUGGCCAAAGAGGUCACGAGAGAAGACAACUACGAGAACGUCAAGAAGGUAAUUGAUGAAUACCUAUCAGGGGACGAGAAAAUCUUCCAAGAGGUGGCCGCCAAGCUAAAGCGCAAGCCAUCCAAACUGCAGCGCGGCUGCCGUGGAGAGUGGCCACAGAAAUCCUCCCCAGAACUGAUAUGCCGCUAUAAUAGGGACACAUCGGCGUUCCUUAAGUUGGCACCACUCAAAUUGGAGUUCCUGAGCGUGCAGCCUGUGGUACUUCUGUAUCACGACGUGCUGUAUGAAAAUGAAUUCAAAUCAAUGCGAGACGCAGCCAUAUUCAAUGCCUCCAUGAUUGAUGGUUGGACAUAUUAUGAUUUUGACAAAAAGGGCACUCCGAAGUGGCAGGAUCGAGUGGUGAAAACGAUUGGUUUUCAAGGCACCACGGCACCUUUCACCUUGAGCAUCAAUCGGCGGCUAGGGGAUAUGAGUGGUCUUGAGAUGCGCGAGAAUAUGAUUCUCUACCUGACCAAUUACGGCCUCGGUGGUAAUUUUGGGAAGCAUUUCGACUACGUGGAGUUGGGCAAAAGACCUCCAAACUUUUUCGCUGAUUCCGAAGGUGAUCACAUAGCUACAGCGGUACUCUACGCAUCUGACGUUCCGUUGGGGGGAACUACAGUUUUUUCAAAACUGAAGAUUGCCGUGCAGCCCAAAAAAGGCAACGCCCUAAUUUGGUUCAACUUGAAUCAUGCCGGAGAGCCCGAUCCGCUAACAGAACAUUCCGUUUGUCCCGUCGUCCUGGGUUCCAGAUGGACCAUAUCCAAAUGGUUCCACGAACGCCAGCAAGUAUUCAAGAAGCCGUGUUUGGCCUAAUAUGCGAAUGUAAACUUGCAUUAAGGCUGUCAUUAGUAGGUCAUGCAAAUAAAUAGCCCAUUGGCGCACUUUGCUCCUUCA